AUGUCCGGCGCAAGACACUGGGAACAGGAUAAGGAGGCCACCGUCUACGUGGGCAACCUCGAUGAACGCGUCACAGACAGCUUGGUAUGGGAGCUCAUGCUUCAGGCCGGGCGCAUCGUUAAUGUUCACCUGCCGAAAGAUCGAGUCACACAGUCACACCAGGGCUAUGGUUUCGUCGAGUUCAUAAGCGAGGAGGAUGCCGAGUAUGCGUCGCGGAUAAUGAACGGCAUCCGUCUGUACGGCAAGCCGAUACGCGUGAACAAGGCGUCGGCCGAUAAGCAGAAGUCGGUGGAGAUCGGCGCAGAGCUCUUCGUUGGGAACCUCGAUCCGAUGGUGACGGAGCAGGUGCUGUACGAUACGUUCAGCCGGUUCGGCAAUCUGAUCAACAUACCAAAGGCAAGCCUCUUUUCCUGGGUCGCGCGCGAUGAUAACAACCUCUCCAAGGGCUACGGGUUCGUGUCGUUCGGGGACUUUGAGUCCUCCGACGCGGCCAUCGCCAAUAUGAACGGCCAGUAUCUCAUGAACAAGCAAGUCUCCGUGCAGUACGCCUACAAGAAAGACGGCAAGGGCGAGCGACACGGCGACCAGGCCGAACGAAUGCUCGCCGCCCAAGCCCGCAAGCAUAACGUCCGCGUGCCCGCCCAACCGCUGCCGCCGCAGUUCUCCGGACCCGGCACCCCGAUGGUGCCGACUCCCAUGGCAAACGGAGACACGUCGAGGCCGAUGAGCACAGGGCCCCCGACGCCCAGCGUGGGCUUCCCCAAUGUGCCCCCUCCGCAGACGAGCCGUCCAGGUCCUCCUCCGCCCGUGUCUCUGGCUAAUCCUCCGCCCGGUCUGCCCGCGCGGCCGCCGCCCUCCCAGGCGGGGUACGGCGGACCGCAGACUUUCAUGCCCCCCGGGUUCAACAACGCAGGCCAGCAGGCUCCGUUUCCGCCGCAGGCUGCUCCUCCGCCGGGCUUUGCGCCUCCCGGCUUUGGUCCUACGGGGACUCCUGGCGCGCCGCCGCCGUUGCCCCCUGGCUUCCAGCAAGGGUAUGGUCGAGGACGGUGA